AGCCCUUGCAAGCCGGUCACCGACUUGUACAAGCAGCACCAUCGCCACCAGGCUUCCACAACCAGCAUUAACCACAAUGCAUCACUUGCAUGCAGCCGUACUCCUUGCGCUCGGAUGGAGCGUCGCCGCGUUUGAUCCGGCAAAGAGAAACGCAUGCCAGAGCCAGGACUACACCGUUUGCCUGGACUCGUUUGCCUGGUGCGCCGGCCCAAACGACAACGACAACAACGGCUGCUCGUUUCCCAAACACACGUAUCCUUACUACGAUCGCGACUCUGGGCCUAACAAAGCAUUGCUUCUCUGGGACCAGAAUUAUACAAUCUCAUGGAAAAACACGGACGACAGGUUCCCUGUCCAGCUGGUCUGGCGCUUCGUAGAACAAAUUGAUCCCCCAAGAUCUGGCUCCUGGUCGAAGAACAUCACCAAGGGGGCCAAGAGCUUUUCCUUCACGUUCAAGGACCUUGCCGCCGAGAUUCAAAAGUCAUCCAACAACAAUUCCACCGUGGCCGAAAUCAAGGGUUACGUAUCCGAUUUCAACAACGAAUUCGAGAUCAGUCAGCCCGAAAACGACUUCGCACAGGGCAAGAAAUUUCGCACCGAUCACUCUGAUCCUUUCGCCGUCCUGGACAGCACGGCAGCGCAGUAUUUGGAGACCCAUGCACAGAUUGCCAGCCGCGAGACGGAGCACAAGUGGAAGCUCGGCGUUGGUAUCGGUGUUGGCCUCGGCGUCACCAUCCUCCUGGUCUUGUCCGUGGCCGCGGGAUGGCGCCUUGGGAGAAGAGGUGGGGUGAUGCCGGCACCGAAAGUCAUCACCCCCAGGCCAUCGGUAGGUUAAGCAAGUCGGACCAUCUGGUGUAUGACAUUAUUUGUCCUAGUUUGCUUUUGGAAUUCCCUGUUAGCAGGUACGAAGUAUACGAAUCUUGAUUUACUCUG